AUUGUCCCAGCCUUUAUAAGCGGCUGAGUCGGAACUGGUCCAAUCCAGGCGGAGUGUGUGAGAGGGAGAGGUGAUCCGCACACUAACUUGUGAUUUCAAAAGAGCUUUUGAUACACCAACCAUGAAACUGCUUGUCGCCGUUCUGGUCUCGGCCCUGAUCGUAGCCUCCAGGGCCUCCCAGGAACCAUCCUACAACCUGCAGGCUAAAUGGGAGGAGGUUCUGGAGAAGGUGUGGAGCCUUGCCAAUCAGGUCCUCCAUUCUACCGAGGCAAUACUGUCCGACAGUCAGCUCGGGAGUCAAUUCCGGGAGCUGAUCACGGAGAGCCUCGCCCAGCUGAACACCACCGCUGAGGACCUGCGCUCCCGCCUGGGCCCCAAAUCGGAAGAGUUCCGCUUGGAGCUGGAGCGGCUGCAGGAACAGCUGGAGAGGGACCUAAGCUCACUGCAGAGCACGGUCGAGCAGUACCAGCGCGAGGGCCAGCUGCUGACCAAGCAGAGCGUCAGCGACGCCCACCACACGCUGAGCAUCUACCUGCGCAAGUACCGCAAGCGGCUGUCCCGCGACCAGGAUCAGAUCCGUCUCAAGCUGCAGGAGUACCAGGAGCUUCUGGAGAGCCAGGGCCAGCAAGUCACCGAGGGGUUGCGCCAGGCGCUGGAGCCCGUGGCCACAGAAGCUGCCAACCAGCUGCAGGAGCGGCUGGACUUCCAACAGCGGCUGGCAGAGGUGCAGCGGCAAACGCAGAGUCUGCAGGAGCGGGCUAGCCAGGAUGCCCAGGGCCUGCGCAACGCCCUGGAGGAAGGGAUGGCCUCUCUCCGCAGCUGGCUCCAGGCCGAGGCUGAAAAACUGACCAGCCGCUUCCAGGAUCUGCUGGAUGGUCUAAGGGAGCAGCCAGCUGAGGAGAUGGUCAACUGAAAGUGCGAGUGGGUCUCGUGCCCACCCUCACCAGGUCUCUGCCACAGCCCUUCCUGAGCCUCUCUCUCCUCCAUACCCUCCAUCCCUCCCUGUCACCUCCCUAUGGGGUCUCAUCUCCCCCUCCGGGUUUCUCCCCCUCCAUCUCAGCCUCACCCCUCCCUCCACCCUAAUUUUCACCACCCCCCAAAAUUUGCAGUUCUCUUGUGCCUGCCCCCUCCUCCGUUUCCCACACCCUUCAACCUCUGCUGCCACGGCAAAGCGACUUUCCUCUGACCCGGAUACCUGUCGGGUUGGAUGGAAUGAACUCGGACGGGAUGCUUGUUAUCUGCACUAACUGCCUCACUGACUAACACAAUAAAUACUCAUUCAACGCUGCUGUGUUUUCC